GAGUACGCAGAACUUACUAUGGCAAAGCUUGGAUUGGUCUCUAUGAUGAUAUAAACAGCUGGAGAUGGUCUCUUGAUAAUGUAAUGUUUGAUGGAGGAUUUAAAGGCUGGUUUGUUCAGCAACAAGUGAACUCAGGUGGUCAGAGUCUGUGUGUGUACAUGUCAUAUUAUCGGGGAACAUGGAGUGAAGCCUCUUGCUACUAUACACUUCCCUUUGUUUGCUAUGAUGGAAGAGUGAAUGCUAGUACAAGUUAUGUGUUUGUCUACCAGUACAGUAACUGGACUGAAGCACAGAGAUACUGCAGAGAACAUCACACAGACCUAGUCAGUAUCAGAAAUGAGACUGAAAACUUCAAACUUCAAUCAUUAUUUUCAUAUUAUAACACUUUUUGGAUCGGACUGUACAGAACCAGAUCUUGGUCAGAUCAGAGCAAUUCUUCAUUCAGUAACUGGAGAACAGGACAGCCAGAUAAUGCUGGAAACAGUGAAUACUGCACUGCAGUGUCAUUUAGUGACUCCUGGAAAUGGACAGAUGAAAACUGCAACACUGCAUUACCUUUCAUUUGCUACAGUGCAUUAGCAUCAUCUCGUCAGUAUCACUUUGUGAAUGAGUCUAAGACCUGGACUGAAGCUCAGAGAUACUGCAGACAGAAUUACACUGAUCUGGCCACCAUUGAGAACAUGGAGGAAAUGAACAGACUGAUUAACACAGUUAAUGGGAGUAACAAUGGUUCAGCCUGGAUUGGCCUGUAUGAUGAUAUAAACAGCUGGAGAUGGUCACUGGAAGACAAUGAUUUCUAUCAGGAAGGACAGAGAGAUUUCAGGAACUGGUAUCAUGAACCAAACAAUGCUGGGAAUGAACUGUGUGUUUACAUGGAUUAUAAUGGAAACUGGUUGGAUUCAUCAUGUGAGAAUUAUUACACAUUUGUUUGCUAUGACGUGAUGGGGCUUAGAGUGGAAGUUACAAGUCUGGAGAAUCUGUCAGAGUCUCAAAUUGAAGAGCUGGUUAUUAUACAGCUCCAGGAAGAAUUUAUCAGACAAGGACUUCCCAGCAACUUCACCAUGGCAUUUGAGAAACUAUCGUGUGAAGCUCGAUUGGAGCGUCCGCCUGUCAAUCAGCUGACGUAG